AUGGAUGGCAUCGAUCCAGCUAUCUACAAGAAUAUCGGCAACGUCAAAGCUCGGAACCCUAACCUCAAGAUUGUCAUUGCCCUCGGUGGCUGGACCUUUAGUGACCCCGGCCCUUGGCAAGAUAAGUUCCCUUCACUUGCGUCCACCAAGGAGAACAGAGCCACCUUUAUCAACAACCUGUUGGGAUUUCUCUCUGAAUAUGGCUACGAUGGUGUCGACUGGGAAUACCCCGGCGCUGAUGACCGUGGCGGUAAGGACGGGGAUGGUGCGAACUACGUGGCUCUGGUGAAAGAGCUGCGGGAGGCUAUCAAUUCCAGAGGCCGCGACUAUAUUGUCACAUUCACUGCACCUUCUUCGUACUGGUACCUUCGCCACUUUGAUCUCAAAGGCAUGGAGACCUAUGUUGAUUGGAUCAAUCUUAUGUCCUAUGACCUACAUGGUGUCUGGGAUAGCGAUAAUCCCAUCGGAAAUCAAGUUCUGUCGCAUACGAACCUGACGGAAAUCGACUAUGCAUUGGACCUGUUCUGGCGCGUUGGCGUCGAGCCUUCUAGCAUUGUGCUCGGCCUGGGCUUCUAUGGUCGAUCGUUUGAGCUUGAGUCUGCCUCGUGCUGGAAGCCCGGCUGUGCCUUUAAGGGCCCUGGCUCGCCUGGCCGAUGUUCUAAUACGGCUGGAAUUCUCUCAUAUGCUGAGAUUAUGGAGAUACUGGAUAAAACUGGCGGAACUCCUUACUUUGAUAAGACUGCGGCUUCCCGAUACAUGGUCUACGACGGCCACAGCUGGAUCUCCUUCGAUGAUGCCGAGACUUUCCAGAUGAAGAUUGAUUACGCAAGCAAGAUGGGUCUUCAUGGUCUCAUGAUCUGGGCUAUUGAUCUAGACACGCCCAACCUCGAAGCCCUGCGAUCCAUAUCCAAUGGCGAACUCAUCGGGGCCACCAAGACCCCCUUCUCGCUAGAUUACGCUCUCAUCAACUUUGGCAGCAACGCCAAUGCUGGUGAGAUCGAUCCUGACCAGACGGGGUUCGGUUUCGUCCUCAUCACGGGCGACUCGGCUGCCGUGUCUUCUCUCAAGAAAAGGGAGGACGAGCCGGAACCUCUAGUCUUUCUCGACUGCCCUGCCGACGUGCUCGAGCAACCCAAGAACGAGACCCGAGUAGCUAGAGUCGUGUGUCUUAGUGAAAACGUCGAGGGCUGCUUCCGGAUUAUGGAGCGAGGUGUCGAAGGAACCGUUGUCGAGAUGCCCGACAAUUGCGCCCCCAACUCGCUGGCGCGAGCCAUCUCGCUAACAGAGUCCAAAGAUCAAAGCCUGCCAUCCACCCAGUCGCGCAGAGCUGUCACGUCAAAGGUCUUUGACUUUGCCUUUGACAUGAACCUGAACAACACGAGGCGAGACACCGGGGACCUCAAGGUCCGCGUCGACUACUCCAACGUCGGAGGCUACUGGAAUGCCGCUGUCGACUCCCUAGGAAUCCAGGCAGACGAUUCUUUGCAUCGUAGGAUUGCAAAGCGCUUUUUUGCGGAAAGCCAGGCCGACUGGCGGACCAUGUACCAGGAUACCGAAGUGCAUAAAAGCGAUGGCGAGAGAUUUGUCAACGAAGAGAUUGACACUCCUCUCUUCUGGGAAACGGCCCAGGAUUGUGAGUUCGAAGGGGAGGACUACGAGCUUGGCUUUGGAGCCCAUGUCGGAGGCAAGAUCAAAGCCGAUUUUACUUACGGCUUCUCCCUGAUAGCCGAAUUGCGCAACAUAUUGGAUGCGAAACAAGCCAAUGGCUGGCUCAAUGUCGACGGAGAGUCAGAUCUCAACUUUUCUAUUGGAGGCGUCGGCGAGGUUGACUUUGACUUAGCUAAAAAGGGCAAUCCAACAUCCACCGAGACCAAGCCCGUCAAGCUCAAGGGCCACACGCUGCACCCAUCUGGCAAUAGCUGGCUAUCCUUCCAACCUUACUACAAGAUCGGGUACACGCUCGCAUCCUUCAAUGACACCGAUGGGGAAGCCGGUAGCGAUAGCGCCCCCUAUUUUGACGGAAAGCUCAGCACUCGCAUUAAGUCGGACUUUGGAGGCUUUAAUGUGAACUUCCCACCCAACCCGUCGGACAAGCUGGGCACCAGGAACGUCGCCCGUGAGAGCAACAUGGUCUGGUUGGGUAACGACAAUAUCAUCCACAACUCUGGAGGUGCUGGGGGGCGGUUUGCCCUUGGCGCUUUCUUGAGCUUCGGCGUAAAGAUUGAUCUAGGAUUGUUUAAGGACCGGUGCCACCGCAACAUCCCCAUUAUCGAUAUGUCGAUGGAUUACAGAACGGUCACGGAGUGGAGCUUCUUCCGGUCUCCAGACUUUACCCCUGAGACGUGUCUUAAUACCAGCGUUUCGUGGGUUCCCUACACCCGACCUCUUUCUGGCCGUAUUGAAAAGGCUAGUCAGCUGGCACACAUCAUCGAUAUAGAACGAUCGCGCUCCAGAACUACGAAAUGGAUGACGAGUAAGUCACCAUCCUCUGUGGUAAGGAUGGUCAACAUUAACCUAUCUCUGCCCAACAGCAAAACCAUUGGCUGGAACGAGUCUGAAGCUCUUCCCUACAUUGUCAGCGAUAGCCAAAAAAAAGGAGGGGACAGUUCGUGCUACCAGGACCAACCAUCUUUGGGCGCGGAUAUGGCAUGGGGCUAUGGCUCCGACUCCAACAUCAACCCACUGACGUACAUGGACGAGGAAGCCGCCAAGGCAAUCGAGGGCUCCGAUGAAGAGCUGUCGUGCCCUACCUGCCUGGUUUGUGGCAAGAACCGCAAGACCAAGGGCCCCUGCUGCGGCUGCGCCAAUAUGGACCUUGAGCUUGGUUAUACCGACAUUCCCGACUACGAGAGCUACAAGCCGGAAGUCGACCUCGAGGGCCCCUGGCCCUGGCCAGGAUAUCAGUCAACGAGCUCGCUGUCCAGGAGAGGACAGCCAGAUCCCAUGGACGGCCAGCAGGUAUCUAGGCUGGAAAGCCGCAAAGAUGGCACAGCGACAAUGUCACCCAAGACAAUCCGCGUCUGUCCCGACUCCGCGGGGGCCGGUGUUCGAAAGUUCGCGCUAUACGGCAAAACGUAUGGGUAUCCAGCAUUCCCGGAAAAUGCGCUACACCAGUGGGAGGGUAUCGAAGGCAAUAAAUGGGAUGACGUUUCACGCUCCUGGGGAAAUACGUCCAUGUCGUGUUCCGACUGGGAGGUCGACGCCCUGCGGCCGCAUGACACCGCAUGGAUCCGGGGCGCAAACGGAAAUUUAGAGGAGGUCCGGGCCAACUAUCAGACCGAGCACGUAUUCGAAGGCCAGCUCAUCAGCGACUUCUUCACGCAAUGGCUAGACAAGGGCCAGAUUGAAAAUCAGAAGCCGACUCCAUCAAAUCCUACGCCCAAGGUGCCCUGUAACUGGACCGUCAAAUGGAUCCUGACGGUGAACAAGUCGUGGCCUUGGAAGCUGCGCGGGAAACCCAGGGCCUUCAUCUUCCUACUGCUUUCUGAACUCGGCAACGCCUCUCACCUCGACCGCCUCGCAAUCUUCAAGGCCAGGCCAAAUGGCAUGAAGGGGUCCAUGUUUGGCGGUAAGCAGCCCUCAGCUCUCGGCGAAUACAGAAGAAUGUCAGGUGAGCAGAAGCUUCUUGCCACCAAAGAGAUGGGCAUGGUGUUUAGGUACAUGAAUGACCCGAUAAUUUGGAAAAAGUUCUGUGAUACCUACGAGGCACUGUACGAGUUGUUUGGGACAUUCGAUACCUUCUAUGCCCAGCAAGGCUCCGGUCUCACGAUCCCCUCACUCCAGAAGGAGUGGAAAGAGUUUAUCGAGGUAGGCUUGACCUCGCUGGUGGCCCGGUCCAAGGCUUCAUUUGAGCUCCAUACCAUUAUAGCUUUUGGAGGAAUAUUUACCUUUGAUCCUAGUAUGUUGAUUCAUGGAAUCCACUGGGUGAAGAACAUUGCAGUGAACCAGCCUAAGAUUCGCAUCGAUGGGUCGUGCCCGAACCUCGGAUCGAUUGACAACGGGGAUUAA